AUUUCCGCUGACGUCACUGCGUAAGUCCUAGCAGGCUGCAGCUGUCUGAGAGCAACAAUAACAAGCUUCAUCCAGCAGCUACUUCAACGCGACCGAAGCGCUACGUGACAGCGCCAAAUACUACCACAUUUAGCAAGAUGUGGGGGUCCAAAUAAGUCUGGCCUCCGUCUCCCGGUCCUCUGAGUCGAAUUCCGCGUUUUCGUCGCAGCAAGCGCCGAGAAUCAAGCAGCAGACUCGGCCGCAAGGGAACAAGACAGUUCGGGGCUGCAUCUGGGUCAGUGGGCCUAUCGGCGGCUGUACCGGUGCUUGAUCAUCCGUUCUUCUUCACCUUCUGCAUCCAAACCGUGCUAACAUGCAGGCUAACGGGGAAGCGCAGGACCGAGACCCGGAAUUGUCCUGUCGAAACGGCACCCAGAACUGCGAGUCGUCCGCCGCCGGGGCAGCUCGCUCCAAUGGACUUGUGUCAGUCAACAAUGGCAACACGGUGAGUACAAACAACGGAGUGUCAGCACAGCCCGCGUCCAACAACAACAACAACAACCACCCGACCGACAGCAACUGUGGCGGCAAGAAGAAGAAACGUUUGUCACAGUCUGAGGAAGACGUCAUCAGGCUCAUCGGACAGCAUUUACACGAUUUAGGUCUCAAUCAGACGGUGGACCUCCUGAUGCAAGAAUCGGGCUGCAGGCUGGAGCAUCCUUCUGCCACCAAGUUUCGCAAUCAUGUCAUGGAAGGAGAAUGGGACAAGGCUGAGAGUGAUCUAAAUGAGCUGAAGGCACUGAUGCAUUCUCCUACUGCUAUAGUGCGUAUGAAGUUCCUGCUGCUGCAGCAGAAGUAUCUGGAGUACCUGGAGGACGGCAAAGUCUUGGAGGCUCUGCAGGUUCUCAGGGCCGAACUCACUCCUCUCAAGUACAACACAGAGCGCAUCCACAUUCUAAGCGGGUACCUGAUGUGCAGUCACGCAGAGGACCUGCGAGCCAAAUCCGACUGGGAAGGCAAAGGCACGGCGUCCCGAACGAAGCUGCUGGACAAACUCCAGACUUACCUGCCUCCAUCCGUGAUGCUGCCUCCCCGCCGACUGCAGACUCUGCUCAAGCAGGCGGUGGAGCUGCAGAGGGAGCGCUGCCUCUACCACAACACCAAGCUGGACAGUGGACUGGACUCUGUGUCUUUGCUGCUGGACCACGGCUGCAGUCGGAAACAGUUCCCGUGUUACACUCAGCAAAUACUCACUGAACACUGCAACGAAGUCUGGUUCUGCAAGUUCUCCAACAACGGCACCAAACUGGCGACUGGUUCCAAAGACACUACAGUGAUUAUCUGGCACGUUGACACGGAAACGAGACAGGUGAAGCUGAUGAAGACUCUGGAGGGUCACGCGUACGGGGUCUCCUACCUGGCGUGGAGCCCUGACGAUUCCUAUCUCAUCGCCUGUGGUCCCGAUGACUGCUCUGAGCUGUGGCUAUGGAAUGUACAGACGGGGGAGUUACGAACAAAGAUGAGUCAGUCUCAUGAAGACAGCCUGACCAGCGUGGCGUGGAAUCCAGAUGGCAAACGCUUCAUCACGGGUGGGCAGAGAGGCCAGUUCUACCAGUGUGACUUGGAUGGAAACCUGCUGGACUCAUGGGAAGGCGUCCGUGUGCAGUGCCUGUGGUGUUUGGGUGAUGGCCGCACCGUCCUCGCCUCGGACACUCACCAGCGCAUCCGUGGAUACAAUUUUGAAGACCUGACUGACAGAAACAUAGUCCAGGAGGACCAUCCCAUCAUGUCCUUCACGGUCUCCAAGAACGGAAGACUAGCUCUGCUCAAUGUUGCUACGCAGGGCGUGCACCUGUGGGACCUGCAGGAUCGCGUCCUGGUGAGGAAGUACCAAGGCGUGACGCAGGGCUUCUACACCAUCCACUCCUGCUUUGGAGGCCACAAUGAAGACUUCAUCGCCAGCGGCAGCGAAGACCACAAAGUUUACAUCUGGCACCGGCGCAGCGAGUUGCCCAUCGCGGAGCUGACCGGUCACACUCGCACAGUCAACUGCGUGAGCUGGAAUCCCGUCCUGCCCGGGCUGCUGGCAAGCGCCUCCGAUGACGGGACGGUCCGAGUCUGGGGACCCGCCCCUUUCCUCGAUGUUCAGGAGGCAGAGGGACUCAAUGAUUGUUGCAGCAUGGACAGCUGAUCUGCCGCUGCCUGCCGUGAAGCUGACGAGCGCCAAGACUCUGUUGAAACUUGAACGGCUGAAGCUUUGCUGAUUGGGCAGCUGCUUCCUGGAGGCGGGACCCGGUGUGUCAGGAAGUCACGGAGAUGCCAGACUCAAUCGCACUCUUGCGCUCACACUUGGACAUCCAUUGUCUGACACACCUCCUCCUGAUUGGAUGAUCACCACCACGUAGGACCAUCCUUCUCCUCCUCUUAUUUAUUAUCGCAGACAUUUAUUUACAACGUUCCCUCACAUAGCUGGUGGAGGGUGUGUGUGUGUGUGUGUGUGUGUGUGUGUGUGUGUGUGUGUGUGUGUGUGUUUGCUGUCUUCAGCCCUUUUCCUUCUUUACCCGACCUUUGAAGAGAUGUGACCUGCAGGGAGACGAUGGAUGUAGUCCCCACCCGAAAGGUCU